CUCCCCCAGCGCCUCGCCCCUCCCUCACCGGCGCUCUCUGCAUCUUCGUCGUCGUCGUCGUCGUCGUCAGCGGCGGCGGCCUGUGCUCGCUUUUUUCUCUUUGUCGUUGUUGCGCUGCAGACGCUGAAGAGCACCGAGACGAUCAUCUCAAGGGGGCGCCCCCCUCUUCUCCGGCGUGAUCAUGGCCAACGCAGUGGCGUCCUACGAUCAGCUGGCCCACCAGGUGGCGGCGCUGCGCAAGGAGAACUCCCACCUGAGGAGGGAGCUCGAGGACAACUCCAACCACCUUUGCAAGCUGGAGACCGAGACCUUCGGCAUGAAGGAAGUGCUGAAACAGCUGCAGUGUAAACUGGAACAGGAGGCGGGGACUUUGGCGUCGUCGGGACGCAGCGACGUGCUCCGCCAACUCCAAGAGCUGCACAUGGACCUGACCAACUACUACGAGCUGAAGCAUCAAGGUCACCAAAGUCAUCCGUUGCGUCUGCUGGCGGACAAUCAGGGAGGUCCGGCGGAGCGACAGGACCACCUGGCUCCGCCCCCGGCAUCCCGCCCCCACGCCUCAUCUGGCGCCGGCGGGGACGUUUGCGCCAUCUUGUCGCCACAUCACCUCCUGGACGGGGCCCCGCCCAAAACGGCCGUCAUCAGCGGGGCGGACGGACGCCUCGGCGACUAUCACUUGGACGAACUCUACAAGGAGAGGAACCAACUUUUGGGUGAAAUUGACCGCGAGGAGCGAGAGCGCUGUUGGUACUUCAGCCAGCUGGAGGCGCUGUCGCAGAAGCUCACACACCUGCCUCGCAUUGACACGUUUUCCCUGCAGAUGGACUUCAUCCGCCAGCAGCUGGAGUUCGAAGUUCAGCAGGUGCGCUCCGUCAUGGAGGAACGCUUCGGGAGCAGCGAGGAGAUGAUACGCCGCACGCAGAUGCGUGUGGCUCGUCUGGAGCAGCUGGAGAAAGAACUUCAGGAGAGCCAAGGGAGUCAAGAGAGCCAACUGCAGCUGUCGGGCGCAGAGAGGCCUCCUGCCGGAGAAGCAGAGAGCAACGCGUCGGCAGGCAGAGAUGGGGCAGCAGACGGAGGCAGCAAGGUGGAGAUGGUCUUCUGGCUGCUCUCCAUGCUAGCCGACAGAGAUAAGGAGGAGAUGUCUCGGACCCUGCUGGCUCUCUCCAGCUCCCAGGACAGCUGCAUCGCAAUGAGGAAGUCUGGCUGUGUGCCUCUGCUGGUCCAGAUCCUCCACGAAGAAGCCGGCGGGCCGGGGGAGGCGUGCUGCAGCCGCGAGGCCAAGUCCCGAGCCAGCGCCGCGCUGCACAACAUCAUCUACUCCCAGCAGGACGAGGGCCAAGCCCGCCGAGAGAUGAGAGUUCUGCACAUGCUGGAACAGGUCCGGACUUACUGCGACAGUGGCUGGGACUGGAUGGAGAACCACAGCAAGACUUGUCCCGGUCCAACCAGAGCCACUGAUAUUCCAGAACCUGUAGACCCUCAGAUCUGUCAGGCCAUGUGCGCCAUCAUGAAGCUUUCCUUUGAAGAAGAGUUCCGCCGCGCAAUGAACGAAUUAGGUGGUCUGCAGGUGGUGGCAGAUCUGAUCCACUUGGACAAGGAAAUGUACGGCAUGCAGAAUGACCCCAUCAACAUGGCGCUACGGCGCUACGCUGGGAUGGCCUUGACCAACCUCACUUUUGGAGAUGUGGUCAACAAGGCCACUCUGUGCUCCAAGAAGAGUUGCCUGCAGGCUCUGGUGGCCCAGUUGGACUCAGAGAGCGAGGAGCUCCACCAGGUGGUCUCCAGCAUUCUAAGAAACUUGUCCUGGCGGGCCGACAUCAGCAGUAAGCGAGUCUUGAGAGACAUCGGCUGCGUGUCUGCUCUGAUGACCUGCGCCCUGCAGGCAACCAAGGAGUCCACCUUGAAGAGUCUCCUGAGUGCACUGUGGAAUCUAUCGGCUCACAGCUUAGACAACAAGGAGGCUGUUUGUGCGGUAGAUGGCGCUUUGGGCUUCCUGGUUAGCACGCUGACCUACCGCUGUCAGACAAACUCACUCGCCAUCAUCGAGAGUGGCGGCGGGAUUCUGAGAAAUGUGUCCAGUCUGGUAGCCUCACGGGAAGACUACAGGCAAGUAUUGCGGGACCACAACUGCCUCCAGACUCUGCUGCAGCACCUGCGGUCGUACAGCUUGACCAUCGUCAGCAACGCUUGUGGAACACUUUGGAACCUCUCGUCCCGAAGCCAAAAAGACCAGGAGCUGCUUUGGGAUUUGGAUGCAGUGAACAUGCUACGCAAUCUUAUCCACUCCAAACACAAGAUGAUCGCCAUGGGCAGCGCUGCAGCUCUGAGGAACCUCCUGACCAACCGACCCCCCAAGUACAAGGGUGCUUCGGUGCUCUCUCCGGGGUCAUGUGUGCCUUCUCUCUACAUGAGGAAGCAGAGGGCAUUGGAGGCCGAGCUGGAUGCCAAACACCUGGCUGAGACUUUUGAGACGCUGGACAAGCAGAGUCCCAAGCACUUGAGCUUCAACAAGCAGCUGCGCCACAUUGAAAGUUUGGCCAAGGAUUACGCAUCCGAUUCCGGCUGUUUUGACGACGAAGAGGCCCCCAACGUCUCCUGCAGUCUGGACGCUGGAAGUUUCUCCAUGCUGUCCAUGUAUCUCAACAACUCCAACUUCCUACAAAACCGUAAGCAGGACAGUGAGCCUGAGCAGGAUGUGGACCCGCCUCAGAUGGACCGCAGACAACCAGCAUCUGAUGACAUUGUGUCUACUGCUGCAGAGAAGCUGGCAAAGAAGAUCACCAACACAGUUGCUAAAAUUGACAGAUUAGUGGAGGACAUCACCAUGCACACGUCCUCCGAGGACAGCUUUAGCCUCAGCUCUGAAGACCACCUGGCAGACUGGCCUUACGGACUGAACGAGCUAAACGAGAGUCGCGCUAAAUCGUGCUCCCCCUGCCGUCUUUCAGAUGCGAGUAGCUUGGCCCAUCGAGAACGCCUCAGCAGGGCACAUGUGUUACUGCGCCUUAAAAGUGCUCAUACAAGCGUAUCCACCGACAGCUUGAACAGUGGUAGCACCAGCGAUGGUUACUGUGGGAGCAAAGACCAAGUUGGAACUGCCCCAAAAGCUCAGAUCCUCCAUAAACGACCCAACCAGCUGGAUCUGAAGUUGGCCCACCAAGAGUACAACAAUGUGCGACCUGCUCUCUUGAAUCAGACCACCCAGCAAGAUAUUCCAGAAAGAGAUUAUGUGGAUAACAAAAACAAAAUAGUUCUAGAACUCCUUGACCCAGAUGCAGAAAAGUACCAGCACCCACCGGUGCAAACACCUGUGAGUGUGUCCACUAAAGUCUCCUCUGACGUCAGCAUGGCCUCCAUAAAACUUUCUCCUUCAUAUCAGCAGGUUCCACUCAUUCAGAGCGUUACUAAAUUUGGCGUCGCAAAGACGUCAAUCAACGUUCAGGCUGCUGAAGCCAUGAGGAGGCAAGCCUGGGUGCCCACUGCUAUGACUGGAGGCAGCAUUACCAAGUUUUCUCCAAUGGCAUCCAGCAGAAGUCCAACCAUCGGCACCAUGGAGACAGUCCAGAAGUAUUCUGUGGAAAACACGCCGAUAUGCUUCUCUCGGUGCAGCUCCUUGUCCUCGCUGUCUUCUGGGGAUGGAGCCCUGGAUGGACAAAGUGACAACGAGCUGGAGAGUGACUCUUCACUUGAAAUUAUUGAAGUGGAAGAUGGAAAAGAGGUCCAGAGGGCUGAGGAGGAUGAGACUUUGGAGGAUCUGAGUGACAGCCAGCUGCUCAGGACCGACUCCAAAACCUUCCCAAGCAAAGACACUGAUCCUAUUGAAAUUCCGUGUCCAGCCAAAAGGGACAAGGUCUUCCUCAGGGGAUCCUCACCAACAGCACUUGAAGACAGAUCACCGUCCAGUUCUUCUGAGAACUACAUCCACGAAACUCCUCUGGUCAUGAGUCGCUGUAGUUCAGUCAGUUCUCUGGGAAGUUUCGAGUCUCCAUCUAUUGCAAGCUCCAUCCAAAGUGAUCCCUGCAGCGAGAUGAUCGAUGGAACAAUCAGCCCGAGCGAUCUUCCAGACAGCCCCGGACAAACCAUGCCUCCCAGUCGAAGCAAGACUCCGUGUUGUGUGGAGUCCAAUGGAGCAGAAGCACAGACGGCAGGUUUGGCGGGUCAGUGGGAAAACAGUCUGCGGAAGUUAAUGGAAGUCAGCGACUCCAGAGACAGGUUUAAACUUCCUCCUGAUAUGGACACAAUGAUCUACUUCACCGUGGAAAAGCCCACAGAGAAUUUCUCCUGUGCGUCUAGCCUGAGUGCUCUGCCUCUUCAUGAGCAUUAUAUCCAGAAAGAUGUGGAGCUGAAACUGACCCCACUGCUGCAGCAAAGUGACAAGAACCUGGCUCUCUAUGACGAGAAUGAGCAGGGGCUCGACCACGGUGAGAGAUACAGCGAAGGCAACUCUGAUGACGACAUCGAGAUCUUGAAGGAAUGUAUCAAUUCAGCUAUGCCGUCCAAAUUCAGGAAGGUCAGAACGUCUGUGAUGACCAGCAUUCCUUCUCAUUUUCUCAGUUCCCAAAAAGCUUUGCAUCUUCCCAUCUACAUGAUGCUCCCAAAUGGGAAAACCCAGCUUUAUGCUGGGAGGAGAAUAGUCGUCCCGCAGAAGGAUGUCAAGUUUGAUGAUUCGUCCAUCACUGACUCAGCUGAUGGGACGCCGGUCAACUUCUCCAGCACAACUUCACUGAGUGAUGAAACCCUUCAGUACCCGGUGAAGGACUGCCCGACACGGCCCCUUUCCAAGCAAGGAAUACUUGAUGAGGAGGCAAAGAGAAUUGAAGACUUGAGGAUCUUCUCCCACUUCCACAAACCAAACAAGAUGAACUACCCAUCUGUGGUUCCCGCAGGCCGCACAAGCAAACACGUCAUUCCCACUCAGAAGGUUCUGAUGCAGAGCAAGGAAGUGGCCGACAGAGUUGCCAGCCAGAGGAAUCGCGAGCAUUCUCCCAGCCAUCAGAAAAAGAUGAAAUGCCAACGUGCUGCUGGGAAGCUGCAAUUGCCCAUCAUAAAACACAAGCCAGAAAGUAGCACUAAUCAAAAGAGAGAAACAGCACAAAUGUCACGUUCUAUAGAGGAGCCAAAAAAUGUCUACGAGGAUGAAAGCAAACUCCCCAGCAGAUACCAGGUGAAGGAAGCAAGCAGGAAUACUCUGUCAAGAAGCAUGAGCAACAUCAGCAGGACUUCGACUUCCCAAGCAAAGCCCAGAGGCUUUCACAUGAUAAAGCAGAACCUGAUAAAGGAUGACUCCCCAGCCUGUUACUCACUCAGCUCCUCACUGAGUUCCCUGAGCGACGCAGAGUUUGAAGAUCACAGAUCCGAAGCUCAGCAGAUUUGGUACAAGAACAGACACAACAAAAGCCUGAAUAUGAUGCAGCAAGCCAAGUCCUUGACCAUCCACAGCCAGUUUGACGAGCAAAGCUCUCAGAGUUCUGUCAGCAUGGACUCAGAGGACGACCUCCUUCAAAAGUGCAUAACUUCUGCAAUGCCCAAGCAGAGACGGAGGAUGGCCGCCAGGAAGAAGAAAGCAGAGAACACCACAAAACAAGCACAUAAAGCCUCAGAGGUCUGGAACAUGGAUGAGGACAGUGAUGACCUGGCAUGGGAGGAAGACUCAGACCUUAACAGUGUGGAAUGGAGGGCCAUUCAAGAAGGUGCUAAUUCUGUUGUGACGGGACUUCAGGCAUCUAAAUCACAAGAACUCUCCUCUGAAGAAAGCGAAUCAGUCUUGUCGUUCUUGUCGACAUCCAGCUUUACCCCGAAAGAGAAGAAAUUUGCAAAAGACAAAAAGGCCAACAAACCUCUGGACUUUGCACAGCGCAAGCCAGUGCCCAACUUGCCAGUGGUUUUCAGAGGCAGAACCGUCAUCUACACUCCGAUAAAGGAGUCAGCUCCGUCGCAAAUACCUCCACCUAGGAAACUAUCCACCAGGGCAGAUACUCCAAAGAACCCAGAGCUUGCUCAGCACAGAUCAAAGAGCCUUCACCGAUUAGGAAGACCACAGGACACGGAGCUGUCUUUGCCAAAAAGGAGCUCUACUCCACCUCCAAGGAUACCAAAGAGUUCGUCCUCUGGAUCAUCACAAAGUUCUACACCAUCUAAGCAUUCAGAGAAGAAGCUUACAUCGUCAACUCAGACAACAAGCAGGCCCAUACAGAAAAAGAGUGGCACACCGGCAAGUACCACAACAGCUAGCAGCCCCCCUGAAAGAAAGGGACGCUCUCCUGUUGUCAACAAAAUUGAAAAAUUACCACCACCUAAAACCCAGAAGUCGCCAGUCAGAAUCCCUUUUAUGCAGAAUUCUGUGAGGCCGGCCAGACCUCUGUCACCUCUGGUCACCAACCUGGCUACAGGUAGACAAAAUCAGAUCAGUGGGAAACGAGUCCUUCCUGCUAACCGGUGUGACUUGGUCAGGAUGACUAGAGCCCAUUCUAGUAGUGGUGGCGAGUCAGACUCUAAUGGUUUCUUGAGACAGCUAACAUUCAUCAAGGAAUCAAAGAGCGGACUAAAACGCGACUCCACUCCAUGUGUCCACAUGUCCCGAUCCCAGAAUGGUUCGCCGAACCGGGCAGUUCCAGGGGCUUCAGCAGUCUUCCUUUGUUCAUCCCGCUGCCAGGAGCUCAAGGUGGUUACCCAAUUCCCGAGAAAGAUGCCAGGAAAAGGUGUAGGACACGCACAGACAGUCCAGAGACCUCAACCGGGACUUCUGCGACAGGCUUCGAACACCACCGGGGUGACCUCCAGAGAACGGAACCUGUCCGGAAGACGUUCACCCAGGAGAACCAGCUCUGAAAGCCCCAACAGGGCAGCUCAACGAAAUGCGCCAGGCAGUGUUUGGGGAGCGAGACAACAGCAGGACAAAGAAACAUUUAAACGGCACUCUUCAUCCCCGAGUAUAAACAUCCUUAGCCGAGUGACCAGUCGCUCUUCCCUCCGCUCGUCAUCCUCCGAUUCAAGCGGAAGGGCCAAAAGUGAGGAUGAUACAAGGAAGAAAAGUCAUAGAUCUCGUCUGAAUGACAGGGUCAACUGGAGGAGGAUCAGGGAUGAAGACGUACCUCAGAUCUUGAAAAGCACCCUGCCGGCCAAUGCGUUACCUCUGGUGCCUUCGCCCGAUGGGGAGAAAGCACUGCUGGCUCUUCCGGAGAAGCUGCCGACCAUUCUUCUGGCCUCGCGCAGUGUGAGCGACGCUACGGUUCAGACAGAAGAUUUCUCCAACACCAAGAUCAACUCAAGCACUUCACCCACUGCGGAGUCAACGGCAGUAAUCGUGGAAGAUGCGGUGGGACGAGUGCUACUCAGGAAGUUUAGCGGCAACACUGGGGGAAGGUUUCAAGAUAGAGACUUGGACGGCACCACCGCUACCGGACAACCGGACGGGCCCAUGGGCGGAGCUGUGCAUUUCCGCCAAGGAUCUCCAAGCAAGGCGGCCAGAGUUUCUCCAUUCAACUACGUCCCCAGUCCAAUGGCGGCCCUGAAGGAGGCCCAGGGCCAGGAGGCCCAGGGCCAGGAGGCCGACCACAAGACUGAAAAUGAAAGUCGGUCAUAGACGUUUGAUGACAGACAUGUAGGAGAGUCCUGGGCCUGACUUUACCUCUCCUUCAGACCUUUUGAUUCUACAGUCCACUACAUCCCAGCUUGAACAACCACUAUCUACGGUACCGGAGGUCUCUAGCGGGGCCGCGGCCUCUAGUUCACCCCCCAUGAACAUUUUGUACUUGUUUUUAUAUUUGUAGAAUAGUCAUGGCUUGCUAGAAUUUUAGUCAAUACGUCGCAGAAGACUGCAGCACAUGAACAGUAUGCAAACCUUUGAAUGGGUGGGGCCAAAUGUAUCUGACUCUUCUCGCAACAAACAGUCAGAUGACAUCAAACAGUCUUCACACGGUCAUCAACCAUUCCAUUAGCAACAUGCUACAGGCUAACAGCUCCCACACAUGCGCACACAACGAUUCAGUAUUUGCCCAAAAGCAUCAGUUUCACAUUAGCGCUCGAUUGACAGGAGUCGAUUAUCGCAGCCUUUACGGUGUGGUGUCUCUCUGAUCAGGUUUGUAAAUAAUAAUAAUAAUAAUAAUAUAAAAUAAUACGGUCUUUGCUGAUGCAUUGACUGAUGGCGUCGUGAAGGGAUGAAUAUUGUAAAAAUUGAAAUGUUACGAUGUUCAUUUAGCAUGAAGGAGUCCACAAAGCGGCACGGUGGACGAGCGGUUAGCACAUCUGCCUCACAGUACUGAGGUUGCGGGUUCAAAUGCGGCCUGGCCUGUGUGGAGUUUGCAUGCUCUCCCCGUGCCUGCGUGGCUUUUCGCCGGGUACUCCGCUUUCCUCCCACAUCCCAAGAGCAUGCGUGGUAGGUUAAUUGAAGUCUCCAAGCGGCCCGGAGGUGUGACUGGGCGUGCAAAUGCUUGUUUGUCUACUGUAUAUGUGCCCUGGGAUUUGCUGGCGACCAGUUCAGGGCGUACCCCGCCUCGAGUCAGCCGGGAUAGGCUCAAGCACGCCGCGACCCGUGUGAGGAUAAGCGGAGUCCACCAAUGAGCUUUUGCCAGGUCCCUGAAGGACAUCAAGAAAAUGUCUUCCUCAUACAAGCUGAUCAUCUAUGUAUGGUUUUGUGUUGAACACGUUACACGCACGUUAUCGCCACAUCUCUCCUGCUCGCAUUUUAGCAUUAGCAGCCAGCUAACCCGUAAACAUUCAUGUACUUACGAGCCUCCUGUUAGUCUUUCUUUUCAAGCUUUACUACUUGAAUUUCUUUUGGCUAAACAUGAUGAGAGUGUCAGCCAUUGUUGUGGAAAGAAGACCUCGUUAUUGCGUGCUUGUUUACAACCAAACAUAAAAAGAUGACAUUGUGUUUUGUGUACGUGAGCAUGGCGGCGCCGUGUGCAAUAGGCAAGACGUUGACAUUUUUAUUUGUCAAGUUUUCACCCAAUAAGAAGUCCUCAAAGUCAGAUGUCAUCACCAAGCGUACACAAGUAGGAAUACUGUAUUCGGCUGUGAUCAUUUAUUUUGUUGACUUAUCUAAUAAGUGUUACUUAUUACUUAAGUUUAUUUUGACAUUAAAAGAGACGUGUCUUAUUCACAAUUU